AUGGCAAAACCGUACGAGUUCAAGUGGCUAAGGCCUGUUCCACUCUUCAUGCAGGAAGGGGCAUAUUUUGACAGGUUUGAUGAGGAUCCAUUUGUGUUUGAACCAAACUCUUUUAUCAAAGUGGAUGCUUUUGGAUUCUUUCUCACAUGGAAAAGUGAAGGAAAGGAGGGUCAAGUGUUGGAGUGUUCCCUAAUCAACAGCAUACGUGAUACAAUUAUACCAAAGGACCCAAAGAUUAUUUCGGCGUUGGAGGCCACAGAUAAAUGUGAAAGUAACCUGGAGAGUCGAAUCAUCUGCAUAUGCAGCGGCACAGAUCUGGUCAACCUGAGCUUCACGUACAUAGUCGCGCAAAACAAUGUCACGGCCAAGCUUUGGACGGAUGGUUUACGGUCAUUGAUUCAUAACUCUCGAGCAAAUAAUCUGUGCCCGAUGACCUGCCUGACAAAACAUUGGAUGCGGUUGUCAUUUUUGACCAAUGUGAAUGGAAAGAUACCUGUUAGGAGUAUCACAAGAACUUUUGCUUCAGGUAAAACUGAGAAGGGGAUUUUCCAUGCUCUGAAAGAUCUCGGUUUACCCAGUGGAAAGAACGAUGACAUUGAACAUGAAAUCUUUACCUUUGAUAAGUUCUACAGUCUUACUCAGAAGAUCUGUCCAAGAACCGAUAUUGAAGUUCUGUUCAAGAAACACAGGGGAGACAAAAGCGAUUAUUUAAGCGUAGACCAGUUAGUUCACUUUCUGAAUGAAAAUCAGCGUGAUCCUCGUCUGAAUGAGAUUUUAUUCCCGUUCUAUGACGCUAAACGUGCUCUUCAAAUCAUCGAGCGAUAUGAACCUGAUGAGAAACUCAAGAGAAAAGGUGUGAUGUCAUGUGACGGGUUCUGUCGGUUUCUGAUGUCUGAUGAGAAUGCCCCAGUGUUUCUGGAUCGAUUGGAGGUUUAUCAGGAGAUGGAUCAGCCGCUGUCUCACUACUUCAUCAACUCGUCUCACAACACAUACCUGACCGGCAGACAGUUUGGAGGGAAGUCAUCGGUAGAGAUGUACAGACAGGUGCUGCUGUCCGGCUGCCGGUGUGUGGAGUUGGACUGCUGGGAUGGAAAAGGUGAAGAUCAGGAGCCCAUUGUCACUCACGGAAAAGCCAUGUGCACUGAUGUGCUCUUCAAGGAUGUCAUCCAGGGAAUUAAAGAAACCGCAUUCGUGACAUCAGAGUACCCUGUGAUUUUGUCCUUCGAGAACCACUGCACGAAAAAUCAGCAGUAUAAACUAGCACGCUACUGUGAGGACAUUUUUGGAGAUUUGCUCCUCAAACAGCCGUUAGAUGAUUUCCCGAUGGAGGCUGGCUGUCCACUACCGUCUCCAAACGACCUCAGAGGAAAAAUCCUCAUCAAGAACAGAAGAUUAAAACCUGAAGUUGAAAAAAAGCAGCUGGAACAUUUCCGUAAACACAUGGAAGCCGGAGAGCCGAGUAUCUCCACAAACAUGUCAGAAGAUGAGAAUGAAGAGGAGGCGUCUACUGCGGAGCUGUUAAAUGAGGCUCAUCCCGAGCGUAUUCAUCCAUGUCUUAUGGGCGACGAAGAGAUUCGUGAGGAAGAGUCGCUCAGACCCAGAAAGGCCAGCGAGGCAAACGUGACUGAUGAGCUAGCGCUGAUUCAAUCGUACACGUACGUGGCGGCCACCACCAAUAUCCACCCGUAUCUGUCCAAUAUCGUGAACUACGCCCAGGCGGUGAAGUUCCUUGGAUUUGAUGAAGCCGAAGAGAAAAAUAUCCACCACAACAUGUCUUCCUUCAAUGAAUCUGUCGGUUUGGGAUAUUUAAGGACAAACGCAAUUGAAUUUGUGAACUACAACAAACGACAGAUGAGUCGCAUCUACCCCAAAGGAGGUCGAGUGGACUCCAGUAAUUAUAUGCCACAGAUUUUCUGGAACGCCGGCUGCCAGAUGGUAUCUCUGAACUUCCAGACCCCAGAUUUGGCAAUGCAACUUAACCAGGGAAAGUUUGAAUACAACGGAUCAUGUGGGUAUCUACUGAAGCCAGAUUUUAUGCGCCGGCCAGAUCGGAUGUUCGAUCCGUUCUCUGAGACACCAGUGGAUGGAGUGAUAGCUGCCACCUGCAGUGUUCAGGUGAUUUCAGGUCAGUUUUUGUCUGAUAAAAAGAUCGGUACAUAUGUCGAAGUGGACAUGUACGGACUGCCCACGGACACGAUUCGUAAAGAGUUUCGCACGAGAAUGGUGAUGAACAAUGGACUGAAUCCGGUGUACAAUGGAGAACCAUUUGUCUUCAGAAAGGUAAUUCUUCCAGACCUCGGCGUGCUGCGAGUGGCAGUGUACGAUGACAGCAAUAAGCUGAUUGGACAGAGAAUUCUCCCUCUGGACGGACUGCAGUCGGGUUACAGACACAUUUCCCUCCGGAAUGAGUACAACAAACCUCUGUCUCUCGGCACUGUCUUCUGCAAUAUCAUCCUCAAAACAUACGUGCCCGACGGCUUCGGAGCCAUUGUAGAUGCUCUGUCUGAUCCCAGAAAGUUUGUAUCCAUCUGUGAGAAGAGAACAGACCAGAUGAGAGCCAUGGGAAUAGAGACGUCAGAUAUUGCUGAUGUUUUGAGUGACAGUGGGAGGGACAGUAAGAAACGGAAGCUGAAUCAGUGUCUGAUGUCACUGCAGAAGAAUACAGACACACAGAAAUCAACACUGAGAAAAAAUACUGUCAUCUGCUCCAAAGAGGAUACAUCAGUACUCACGCCUCAAGUGACUAUUGAUGACCUAAAACAGACAAAGAGCUACUUAAAACUAGUCAAGAGGCAACAGAAGGAUGUUAAUGCUUUGAAGAGGAAGCACUCAAAGGCACACGCCGCACUGCAGAGCUCCCACUGCGCUCAGGUGGACAGAAUUGUUGCUCAACAUGAUAAAGAGAAACGAGUUCUGGAGAAGCAACUCGAGAAAAGCAUCAAGAAAGUCAGCCAUGAAAUGAAGAGAGACAUCGAAAUGCAAAUUAAGGCUGUAACCACAAAUCACAAAACAAAGGUGAAGGAUGUGGUUGCCACUCACGCGUCGGAGUGGACCGAGAUGAUCAAAUGCCACACGACAGAAGAACAGAAUCUGAGAGAGCAGCAUGUGAUUCAACAGUGUGAAGAACUCAGAAAGCUCAUGCUAAUGGCACAAGAGCAGCAAACACAUCAACUGUCUGUCGUCCAUGAAAGACAGAGCAAAGAGAUGCGAGCCAACCAAGCUAAAACUUCAAUGGAGAACAGCAAAGCAAUCAGUCAAGACAAAAGUAUAAAGAAUAAAGCUGAGAGAGAACGGAGAGUUCGAGAACUCAACAGCACAAACACACGGAAGUUUCUAACAGAGAGAAAGAGGCUUGCAAUGAGACAGGCCAAGGAGUCAGCACAACUCCAGACAGCUCAGCUUGAACAACUCGAGAGACUCGACAAACACAAUCAGGAGCUCUUGAGUUCGUGCCAUGCACAAUCACAAUGUCGAGGACAAAGAAACAGAGGACAUGAUGACAUCAGAGGAGAGGACAGACUGCUGACCAAUCAAACGCACAGUUCACAUGAGGUCACUGCUCAGUGAGAAUCCACACACACACUGCAGCAAGUCAUUACCAUCAACAUGCCUUCAUAGUAACACUAUUUACAGUAGACUGAACUUUAACUGUUUUUAUAGUGAUGCCCUGCAGUAUAUCUGUAAUGAGCUUGAUAUUUAUUUACUUUAUAUGAAUGUUGCUAGAUUUAUGAAUACUGUAUAUAACAUUAAGACCCACUAUUUUGAUGAAAAUGAGUCUUAUAUAAUCUAAAUUGUUUUUGAAACUGAAGUUUUUAUUCAUAAGGACAUGCAAAAUUCACCACAGUUGUAAAUGCUGUUUUAUUUAAUUGUUUUAUUGGUUUAAUUUGAAGAUAUAUUGUGCAAUGUACACAUAUUCAGUACAAGUUAAGCUUAAGUUAACUUACAAACAAAACAAAAAAAUGACUUUGAGUGGAAGUCUUGGGGCAAAAUGUUCUGAAGGGUUUAACAGCUGAAAUAUAUAAUUUUGUUAAUUGUUAAAACGUGUUAUUUCAGCUGUAAAACAGUGUAUUGCCUUUCCCCACAUACUUCCAUUGUAAGUGUAUUACUGUAAAUUUGAUUUAGCCUAUUUUAAACAACUGUGGGAUGUUAUUGUGUGCAACACUUUCUUAAAUUGUUCGAUUUCACUCUGAUAAUAUUGAUUUAAAAUCACAACCUGAUAUUGAUAAUAAACGUGUCAUUUCCAGAAAAUUUUGACUUUCCGACUGACAAAAUAUUGACAUUUUUAAUUCGGUUCAGUUCACUUUUUGCCCUUAAAAGCUGAGAAUAAAUUUUUUUUACCAUCUUGACUAUUUUUAUA